GAGGACCCAGAGGGUCAUAACUUCUCCCAACUACCCUGUUCAAUAUGAGAACAAUGCCCACUGUGUGUGGGUCAUCACUGCAAUGGACGCUGAGAAGGUGGCGGAAUGGGGAAUAUGUCGAUGGACCGAAUGGGCUCCAGCUUUGACCGUUUGGGAAUGUCAGGAAUGGACAUGAACCGUGGCUUUGGUGGCUAUGGCGGCGGGGGGCCGGGCCACAUGGGUGGAGGCAUGUCGGACAGAGGGUCAGGGUCCAAAGCAGGUUGCCAGAUAUUUGUGCGCAAUCUGUCCUAUGAUUUGACAUGGCAAAAACUGAAAGACAAGUUCAGUCACUGUGGUCAGGUAAUGUUUGCAGAAAUCAAGAUGGAGAAUGGAAAGUCGAAGGGAUGCGGAACGGUGAGAUUCGACUCUCCAGAGAGUGCCGAGAAGGCCUGCAGGAUGAUGAAUGGAACCAAGAUAAAUGGCCGAGAGGUGGACGUCCGUAUUGAUCGAAACGCCUAGAUCCUUUGUAGAAGUGAAGCUAACACGUACACUUUCAGUCCCCUUGCCAAUGAUCUUUUGUUUUGUUUUAAAAACAUAAUUACUUCAUAUCGUCACGUGUUCACUGUUUCUUUCUUUCGUCCUUUUUUUGUUUGUUAAUGUAAACUACAUAGCUAUUUUCUUUGUUUUAUAAACCCUUUUUAAUUUGUGAGACAGUUUAUUUGACCAAAUAAAGUUUGUAAUUUUUAAA